CCUUCGCCUUGUCUGCAGCCCCCGGGAGCAGGGGCUGGCUGCAUGGGGAGGGGGCCCUGCCUGGCCCAGCACCCCCCUCCCUUUAGCAUCCACCCCCCCCUAACCAGCCAGGGUGAGAAUUAUCCCCCUCCCCCAUCUUCAAUCUCCCACCUUCCUCCUCCUCCUCCUCCUCCUCUCUCCCUCCUUCUUUCCUUCCUUCCUUCACAGAUUAAUUCAACCCUGCAAUCCGGGCGGGAGGAGCCGGGAGCCGCUGAUCCCUGCGGUGACGAUGGCACUGCUGGGGAAGCUCUCUGACGCGCUGCCAAACAACGCCAGGCCUGACCAGUGGCACCUGGUGUUCUCUCGAAAAGAUGAAGUCAUCACCAGCUUAGUAUCUGCCUUAGAUUCUAUGUGUUCAGCACUUUCUAAACUCAACGCUGAAGUUGCCUGCAUUGCCGUCCACGAUGAAAACACCUUUGUCGUCGGGUCGGAAAAGGGGAGGCUCUUCAUGAACGCAAGGAAGGAGGUCCAAGCGGAUUUCAAGAAGUUCUGCAGAGUCCAACAAAGGAAAGAGCAAGAUCUGGACGGCCAGAAGAAGGCCAAGGACUUUGGCCGGACAGUUCCACGGAUCUCCCCAGAUCAGGGAUCAGACGUUUACCUCCUCAGGAAGAUGGUGGAAGAAGUCUUCGACGUGCUUUAUAGUGAGGCCUUGGGGAAGAGCAGCGUGGUACCACUGCCAUAUGAGAAAUUCUCGAAAGAGCCCGGCGUGCUGACCAUAGCUGGGCUGCCCGAUGGGCUCACCUUCAGGAAACCCACGGAGUACGAUGCAAAGUCUCUGAUGGCCAUUUUAGAACACAGCCACAGCAUGCGCUUCAGGCUAAAAAGGCCCCCUGAAGACUCCAUCCGGGAGGCCAACCCUGGUGCCGAGGUGAACUCUUCUGCCUUACCAUCCAAGGGGAACCGAGAGCCGGGCCUUAACAAUGUGCAUGUCAAACCAGCCAAUCAAGACGCUCUCUCUGGCGCCACCGCAAACAGUUUCCUGUACGGCGUGUCGCUGCCUACGCAGAUCGCCAUGGAGAUAAAGCAGGAGGGUCCAGCCAGUCGGCAUGGGAUGAACACAGCCGGCGAGGUGCUGAGGCCCCGGCCGCCAGGAGAAGCGAAGGUGCCUUCGCCACAGGAGUUCGGUGACUGCUGUGGACAGAAAUCUACCCUCCCGGGCGGUCCGCUCAUCCAGAAUGUCCACUCCUCAAAACGCAUCCUUUUCUCCAUCGUCCAUGACAAAUCAGAUAAAUGGGACAGUUUUAUAAAAGAAACCGAAGAUAUCAACACCCUGAGGGAAUGUGUGCAAAUUCUAUUUAACAGUAGAUAUGCUGAAGCUCUCGGGCUUGACCACAUGGUGCCCGUCCCCUACCGGAAGAUUGCUUGCGACCCGGAAGCAGUCGAAAUCAUUGGCAUUCCGGACAAAAUCCCGUUCAAGCGGCCCUGCACGUACGGAGUCCCCAAGCUCAAACGGAUAUUGGAAGAAAGGCACAAUAUCCAUUUUGUGAUCAAAAGGAUGUUUGAUGAACGAAUUUUUACAGGAAGUAAAUUUACCAAAGAUUCUACAAAGAUUGAGCCAUCUAGUCCCUCCGGGGAAAUCUCUCCUGAACCGCACAGAAUGGCAUUUCUUGAUCUAGCAGGGACUUCACAGGUUAAUCGCAGGUCUGAGAAGUGCUUCAUCUCCGGAGACUGCGAACCGGGCACCUCAGGAGAAGUGGGAGGGAUUAAACGCAUCAAAAUAGAACCGGACGAAGUGGACAUCAUUCAAAUCACCGUUCCAGAUCGAUCGCCCGGUACCGAUGAAAGGCACGACACGGUAGCCAAUCACGUGACUUCGGACGGUCCCAGCUACGUGGCAGAGAAGGGCCCCGUUAACGAUGUGCAACACGAUGAGAAGCAGGUGGACGGCAAAGACGGCAUAGGUGACGUUCUAAGUCACUUGAGGAAACAAGUUGAAAUUCUGUUCAAUGCAAGAUACGCUAAAGCCAUAGGGAUCUCUGAGCCUGUCAAAGUCCCGUAUUCCAAAUUCCUGAUGUACCCGGAAGACCUCUUUGUUGUGGGCUUGCCCGAUGGCAUCUUGCUCAGGCGGCCGAACUGCUUUGGGAUUGCGAAGCUAAAAAAGAUCCUUCAGGCCAGCAGCACCAUCCGGUUUGUCAUCAAGAGACCAGAACUCCUUACGGAAGGGGUGAAGGAGGCAGCCUCAGACAGCUCAGGAGCAAUCGUUGCUGAGAGAGACUCCAGUGAACGUCUUGUGGAGGAACCUGUAAAAAGACCGGGAUUUCAAGAAAAUUAUGACACGCGGCUUUCAAGAAUAGAUAUCGCAAACACGCUACGAGAACAGGUUCAGGAUCUGUUCAAUAAGAAGUAUGGCGAGGCGUUGGGCAUCAAAUACCCUGUUCAAGUGCCGUACAAGCGCAUCAAAAGCAACCCAGGGUCGGUGAUCAUAGAAGGGCUGCCGCCCGGAAUCCCGUUCCGUAAACCGUGCACCUUCGGCUCCCAGAACCUGGAGAGGAUCUUAGGCGUGGCAGACAAGAUCAAGUUCACGGUAACAAGACCUUUCCAAGGACUCAUCCCUAAGCCUGAUGAGGACGACGCCAACCGGUUGGGGGAGAAGGUGAUUCUCCGGGAGCAAGUGAAGGAACUGUUCAACGAAAAAUACGGAGAGGCCCUGGGCCUGAACCGCCCUGUCCUGGUGCCAUAUAAAUUGAUCAGGGACACGCCUGACGCCAUCGAAGUGACCGGCCUGCCGGACGACAUCCCCUUCCGAAACCCCAACACGUACGACAUCCACCGGCUGGAGAAGAUCCUCAAAGCCAGGGAUUGCAUCCGGAUGGCCGUUACUAACCAGCUCCAGCCAUUUGCAGAUCUAGGUUCUGAGUCCAAACAGCCAGAAACCGACGGCACAGUUCCCAAACGGAAGCGGAAGCGGAUCUCAGAAGGCAAUUCAGUCUCUUCCUCUUCCUCCUCCUCCUCUUCCUCCUCCUCUUCAAAUCUGGAAUCCACAUCAUCAACCAAUCAGAUCUCACUUGUGCAAUGGCCCAUGUAUAUGCUAGACUACGGUGGCCUCAACGUUCAGAUCCCAGGACCUAUGAAUUAUUGAGACUUCACUCUCCGAAUCAGAACCUCGGACAAAAAAUAAUUAUAAUGGCUAACGACGUGUAAUUUUUUUGUACAAAGUGUAUAUUCCAAUAUGUAUCGAUGCCUUUUAGUUUUUCCAAUGAUUUUUACACUAUAUUCCUGCCACCAGGGCCUUUUUUGAAUAAAAAAAGAAAAA